AUGGGCCUCGUGACCGAGACGCUGGCGACGGCCGCCGUGGCCGGCGUCACCACACUGCUGGCGCUGUUGCUGCGGCAGUACUUCCACUUCCGGCGGCUGGAGCUGGCCAUCCCCGGGCCGCCGUCGCUGCCGCUCCUCGGCAACACCCUGGACUUCGUGAGCGUGACCCCGGACACCGUGCUGCAGACCAUCAAGCGCAUGAUCGGCGGCCGCCGCGAGCUGAGCCGCUUCUCCUUCAUGAACCACCUGAUGGUGUUCGUCAGCAGUCCGGAGGACUUCGAGUGCGUGGUGCGCCGCUCCGAGUUCAACAGCAAGUCGCACUUCGUGUACCACCUGCUCGACGACCGGCGCAGCCUGCUGCAGCUCAACGGCACCGAGUGGCGCGCGCGCCGGCGCGCCCUGGAGCCCGGCUUCAGCAAGAGCGUGCUGAACCGCUUCGUGGGGACCUUCUACGCCGAGGCCAAGGGCUUCGUGGAGCGCGUGCCCACCGACGCGCCCGUGGACGUGCUGCAGGCCCUGAGGCUGGCCACCUCCAGGAACUUCCUCCGCACCUCCAUCAGCGCCGACAUGGAGGAGCAGGCCAUGCCGUUCGUCGAGUUCUUCGAGGCGUUCCUCCGCACCGUCAACCAGCGCUCCUUCAACCCCCUGCUGUGGUCCGAGCGCCUGUUCCGCAUGACGGCGUCGGGCAAGAAGGUCUCGCGGAUGAAGGAGGCCCUGCACGCUCUCGUCAGGAAGGCCCUCGCCGUCAAGCAGGACGAGGUGAAGCGGCGAGGCAAGGACGGCGAGCACACUGCCAGGCGGCGGAGGGCCCUCGCGGACAUCCUGGUGGACAUGCACCACAGGGCCGAGAUCCCGGAGGACGACAUCGUGGACGAGGUGAAGACCUUCUUCGGCGCCAGCGUGGAGACCACGGUGUCCACACUCAGCUGGACCUUGGCCGUACUGUCCCUGCACCCCAAGCUGCAGGAGCGGCUGUUCUUCGAGGUGGACGCCGUGCUCGGGAACAGGGACGUCACCGCCGAGGACCUGCCCCAGCUCAAGUACCUGGACUGCGUGGUGAAGGAGGUGCUGCGCCUGUUCCCGCCGAUCGUGUUCGUGGGGCGGCAGUGCUACCGGGAGACCAGGCUGUGCGGCCACGUCAUCCCGGCCAACAGCACCGUCGUGCUCAACAUCCAGGGCGUGCACUUGGACCCGCAGCACUGGCGCGACCCGCUCGCCUUCGACCCGGACCGCUUCCUGCCCGAGAACAGCCAGGGCCGCCACCACUGCGCCUACGUCCCGUUCAGCAUCGGCAGCCGCAACUGCAUCGGCGCCAAGUACGCCAUGAUGGUGGCCACCACCUUCCUCGCCACCAUCGUCCGCGCCUUCAGGGUGCUGCCCGCGCACGGCCACAAGGACGUGCAGAGCCUCCUGGACAACAUGUCCUUCGACCUGGCGAGCAGGCUGGUGGGGGGCGUCAAGGUGGUGUUCCAGCCCAGGCCCAGAGGCGGAGGUGGAGGCGCGGUGGCGGCGGCGUGAGGCAAGCAAGCCAAGCCCACGCCACGCGCCCGCGGAUCCCCGGGUAGGCAACAGCAACGCGCGCGCGGCGAAGGGGAUGCCCGCCUUGGGGCGCUUGCCCCUGACCAUUACCGUUAAGGGCUGGACCACACAUGAUCGUAUGCAAUUUCGGGGACGCU